GAGCCUGGCGGUGUAGUAUAAAGAUGAUGAGAGAGAGAGAGUAGAUUAGGCUUUGGAUGAGGCGCGCCAAAACAACAUCAUCAUCAACAACAACUACCAACUCCCGUUCAUGGCCGUUCCUUUAUCACCUUCACUCUUCUCUCUUAACAACCUCUCACCCCUUCCACUUCCUCAAGUUUAUACUCCUUUUGGCUCUACCCGUUUCAAUCGACCGCGUAUCUCCAGCAAAUUCAAUCGCAUUUUGGCGAUUAAGGAUUAUGGCCCCACGGAGCUAAGGAAUGGGUGCAAUUACUGCCCCGACCUGAAGACAUGGAUGGAAAUAGGAAGGAAGCCGUUUGAGAAAGUUUUUGCUGUCAGCAUCCUCUUUCUCCAACUGACAUCACCAGUACCUUUGACAGAACACGAUUAUUGGCUCAUUCCUCCAGCUGAAGCAGUACUUUAUUCCCCAGAGACAAAAAUUCCUCGGACUGGAGAACUGGCUUUAAGAAGAGCUAUCCCUGCUAACAAAGAUAUGAAAGCCAUACAGGAUUCUCUGGAGGAUAUAUCAUACCUGCUAAGGAUUCCACAAAGGAAGCCAUUUGGAACUAUGGAGGGUAAUGUUAAGAAAGCUCUAAAGAUUGCUUUGGAUGAAAAAGAAUCCAUUUUGUCUAGCAUGCCUGUUGAAUUUAGAGAGAAUGGUUCGAUUCUUUAUGCAUCUCUGACAGAUGGACAGGGUGGGUUGAAAACCCUUCUUCAGUAUAUCAAGGAUAAAGAUGCAGACAAGGUUUCAGUUGGCCUGGCAACUACGCUGGAUACUGUUGCACAGUUGGAGUUGCUACAGGCUCCAGGAUUAUCAUUUUUGUUGCCUGAGCAAUACAAAAACUACCCAAGGCUUACAGGGAGAGCAGUAGUUGAAUUUGCUAUCGAGAAAGGAGAUGGCUCAACGUUUUCUCCAGAAGCUGGUGGCCAACCCAGAACCACUGCUAUACUUCAGGUUGUCGUAGAUGGGUAUUCAGCGCCUCUUACUGCAGGGAAUUUCGCAAAACUGGUGGUUGAAGGGGUGUAUGAUGGCAUGAAACUAAAUUGCACGGACCAAGCCAUUCUCUCAGACAGCAAGCUAGGAAAGGACAAGGGAUAUGUAGUCCCCCUCGAAAUAAUGCCAUCAGGGCAAUUUGAGCCACUCUACAAAACGACUCUAAGUGUCCAGGACGGGGAGCUGCCUGUGCUUCCGCUAUCAGUUUAUGGAGCAGUGGUCAUGGCUCAUAAUCCGGACUCUGAGGAGUAUUCUUCACCAAACCAGUUUUUCUUCUAUCUCUAUGACAAGAGAAAUGCUGGUCUUGGAGGGCUAUCCUUCGACGAAGGCCAAUUUUCUGUCUUUGGUUACACGACAACAGGGCGAGAAACAUUAUCUGAGAUCAAGACGGGGGAUGUGAUCCGAUCUGCAAAGUUGAUAGAAGGCCAGGAUCGCCUCCUUCUGCCUAAACAAGGUUAAAAAUGCCGCUUUCUUCCUUUUCCAAAUGAAGAUAGAAACUCACCCACAUGCUUUCUGGCUUUGUCUGUUUAAGUAGUUCAAAGUCCGCAGGAGGCGUGAUUUUGGUUUUAUCUUUCAAGAUGUCAUUGCUGUUGAUUUGUGUCUUUGCAAACAAGAUUCUUGACAACAAAAAUGCAUGUGUAUUUGCCUUCCAAACAUAGCAUUUCAUUAUGCACAUCGACUUGGAAUAUGUUUUUAUCUUCCUAAAUUUUAUAAAUAUAUUCGUUGCCUCUUA